AUGGAGGCGGAAGAAGCGGCGCACGCCUCGGCCCUCCUGCGCGGCCUGGCCGGGCUGCGCGCCGAGCGGGCGCUGCUGGACGUGACCCUCCUGGCCGGCACGGGCGAGGAAUUCGGCGCGCACCGCGCCGUGCUGGCCGCGGCUUCGGGCUACUUCCGCGCCAUGUUCGCCGGCGGCUUGCGCGAAGCCCGAGCCUCCCGGGUGAGGCUGCACGGGGUGGAGCCGGACUGCCUGGCGCUGCUGCUGGACUUCGCCUACACCGGCCGCCUGGGCGCCCUGAGCGGGGAGCCGCAGCUGGCCGAGCGCCUCCUGCGCGCCGCCGACCUGCUCCAGUUCCCCGCGGUCAAGGCUGCCUGCGGCGCCUGGCUGGCCGCCCGCCUGGAGCCCUGCGCCGCCCUGGACCUGCAGGACUUCGGCGAGACCUUCGCCUGCGCCCCGCUGGCCGAGGCCGCCCGCCGCUGCGUCCUGCGCCACGCGGCCGACCCGGACGGGGAGCUGGGCGCGCAGCUGGAGCGCGUCCCCUUGGCCCGGCUGGUCUCCUACCUGCGCGAGGACGCGCUGCGCGUGCCCAAGGAGGAGGCCGCCUUCGCCCUGGCCCUGCGCUGGGUGCGCGCCGAGCCGGGAUCGCGCGCGGGGCUCCUGCCCCAGCUGCUGGCCCACGUGCGCCUGCCCUUCGUGCGCCGCUUCGCCCUGCUGGCGCAAGUGGAGGGCGAGCCGCUGGUGGCCCGAUCCGCCGCCUGCCUGCGCCUGGUGGCCGAGGCCCGGCUCUUCCAAGCCGGCCGGCUGGACCGGCACGAGGGAGCGCCCUGCGCCCGCCUGCGCCCGCGCCCCUCCACCGGGCUGGCCGAGCUGCUGGUGGUGCUGGGCGGAUGCGACCGGGAUUGCGACGAGCUGGCGACCGUGGACGGCUUCAACCCGCGCACGGGCCACUGGCGCUACCUGGCCGAGUUCCCCGAGCACCUGGGAGGCGGGUACAGCGCGGUUGCCCUGGGCAACGAUGUCUACGUCACCGGCGGCUCCGACGGCUCGCGGCUCUACGACUGCGUCUGGCGCUACAACUCCAGCGUGAACGAGUGGACGGAGGUGUCCCCCAUGCUGAAAGCCCGCGAGUACCACAGCUCGGCUGUCUUGGACGGCCUCCUCUACAUCGUGGCGGCCGACAGCACCGAGCGCUACGACCACACGCUGGACAGCUGGGAGGUGCUGCAGCCCAUGCUCUACCCCAUGGACGACUGCUCCACCACCACCUACCGCGGGAAGCUCUACGCCACCGGCUCCCUGGCCGGGAAGGAGUCCCUGGUCAUGCAGUGCUACGACCCCGGGUCGGAUCUGUGGUCCCUGGUCAACUGUGGGCCCCUGCCCCCCUGGUCCUUCGCCCCCAAGGCGGUCACCCUUGGGGGGCUCAUGUACUUCAUCAGAGAUGACUCAGCUGAAGUUGAUGUCUAUAACCCAGCCAAGAACCAGUGGGACAAAAUCCCUCCAAUGCUCCAGGUGCACGUGGGAGGCAGCCUAGCCGUGCUCGGAGGUAAACUCUACGUCUCCGGCGGUUACGACAACACUUUUGAACUCUCCGCCAUGGUGGAGACGUACGAUCCCGAGAGCCGCAAGUGGAGCGUGGCCGGCCAGUUGCCGGAGCCCAUUUUUUGGCACAGCAGCGUCAGCAUCUUCCGCCAGUUCAUGCCGGAGACGCUGGAGGGGGAGGAGGGGAAGCAGGCCCUGGAAGACCCCUUCGCCCCCAACCCUCCCAGACAAGACUUGCAGGAGCUGCGUUAA